CCUAGAAAUGCCACGUUCGAAUAUACCACGAGUGAUGUUGAAGUCAAACCUCUGGUUCAAUGGGGUUUGCUCACUUGUUUAGCCUUACGAUUCUCAACUUGUUGUGUAUAGAGUUGCACUAUGCACAUCCUUCUUUUGAACACAGCAAAAGAACUAGCUCUAGGCAUUGGUUGAACCUCUUAAAUGUAACUAUGUCUAGCAGUGAGAAAAAGUUGCUUGCUAGCUCGGUUUCUGACAUGUUUAGUUUUGCAUAUGAUGGCUACCUUAAAUAUGGAUUCCCACAUGAUGAACUGAACCCAAUUGAUUGUGUUGGUCGUGGCUAUGAUCACCAAAAUCCUGACAAUAUAAAUGUGAAUGAUGCUCUUGGUGACUAUCUACUUACACUUGUAGACUCUCUUGAUACGUUAGCAAUCAUGGGCAAAACUGAGGAUUUCAAGAAUGCCGUUGGUUUAGUUAUCAAACACCUUUCCUUUAAUCAAAAAACAAGGGUGCAGGUUUUUGAAGCAACUAUUAGAGUAUUAGGAGGUCUUCUAUCAGCGCAUAUAAUCAUUACUGAUCCAAGUCAGUCAUUCGGACAUCUGCGACCACCAGAAUAUGAUGACGAGUUAUUGAAUUUUGCACGUAACCUGGCAAACAGGAUGCUAGAUGCGCUUUACGAUACACCAACUGGUAUACCUUAUCCUCGAUUUCAUUUAAAUUCUGGUCUUAAAGAUAAUACAACAACUGAAAAUUGCCUUGCUGGUGCUGGUUCAUUAUUAUUGGAAUUUGGAUCUUUGAGCGCAUUACUAAAUGAUUCUAGUUAUGCUUCAAUAGCUCGUCGUAUUGUUUUAAAUUUAUGGAAAAGACGAUCAAGUGUUUCUGGACUAUUCGGUUCAACAAUCGAUGUGGAUUCAGGUGAAUGGAUAAAUCGAAUGAGCGGUCUUGGUGCUGGACAAGAUUCAUUUUUUGAAUAUUUACAUAAAUCUUAUAUUCUAUUUGGUGAUAAUGUAUUAGGACAAAUGUUCUAUGAAGCAUUAGAUAGUAUAAAAUAUCAUUUACGAACUGGUCGAUCACAAUGUUUAACUGGUAAUGGUACACCACCAAUCUAUUGGAAUGUUGAUAUGUAUACUGGUAAUAAAAUCAAUCAUUGGAUAGAUACAUUACAAUCGGCUUGGUCUGGUGUAUUAGUUCUGCAUGGGGAUUUAAAUGAAGCAAUAUGUCAUCAUGCUAUACAUUAUUUUAUUUGGAAAAUUUAUAAUCUACCACCAGAACGUUAUAAUAUUGUUACAGAGAAACCAGAAUUAUAUUUUUAUCCAUUACGUCCAGAAUUUGUUGAAUCAACUUAUUUUUUGUAUAGAGCAACAAAACAUCCAUUUUAUUUACAUGUUGGCAAAGAUAUUUUAAAUGAUAUCAAUAAAUAUACCAAGUCGAAAUGUGGAUUUGCAACUAUUCAUAAUGUAGUGGAUAAAUCUAAAGAAGAUCGUAUGGAAAGUUUUUUUCUAAGUGAAACAUUAAAGUAUUUAUAUUUAUUAUUUGAUGAAUCUAAUCCUGUCAAUGUGAAUGAAUAUGAUUAUGUAUUCAGUACACAAGCACAUUUAUUUCCAAUCAAACAAAUUCAAAAUCUAUUGAAAAAUCUUCAUUUCAAUCCAUUUUUACUUGAUAAUAAUCAUUCUCAGGGUUUAAAAUUUAUGAAAAAUAGUUCUUGUUCCAAUGUUAAAUUGACCUCUGUUCAAUAUCCAAUGAAUGAUGAUGUUUGGAGAGCAACAGGCGUGUAUGUCAAUGCAAAAUUUGCUUAUGUUACCGAAUAAUAUCAAACUGUGAUUAAUAAUAACAAUAAUAAUAAUCAUUGUUUUGUUGAAAUUUUCUUUGACCAAAAUACUUCCUUUUUUUUCUCUCUCUCAUCUUUUGUAAGAAUUACAAAAAAAAUAUUUUUGUGUUUGCAAAUCAUGUUUUUUGUUUGUAUGUGAAUUCAUUAAAACAUGAAAAUAACUAUUUUUUUAUAUACAUAUAUAUAUAUACUACUGGGUAUGUACUACUUAUUAAUUUGCCAAUUAUUAUUAUUACUAUUUUUGCUAGUUACUGAUUUGAUGAUUGUAUUCAGGGGAUUGUUCUCACUUUUUUUUUUCUAUAUAUUAAAGAAUGUAUUUAUCAAAUUAGUGAUGAAUAAUAUUUAAGGGUUUUCUUUUUUGUUUAAUUUUCAUAUAGUACUGUUAAUAAUAUGACUUUUUGGAUGAUAAAAACAGUGUUUAUAUACUUUCUCUCCAAUGCUCUGUUACGAC